AUGGAGUGUCGCAGAAGGCCAAAUCGUAGUGAUGUUCAUUUGUCUAAAGAGGAGGAAGUAAAGAUUGAGGAAGAAACGAGAGACCAUUUUGAUGCUUUGGCACCAAAACGCCACACAAAACCUCAGAGGAGCGAGUAUUCUUCCACUUAUACUGAUGCCCAGAACUCCAUUAAUGGUGUCAACAAUCCUGAAUAUGAUGAAUUCCAACGUCUCGAAAAGGAUCCUCAGAAACUGGUUUACAAAGGAAGCAAACCAGCUGAGGAGUUUAUAGAAACUGAGUAUUACAGUGACCUCAAUUGCAUUGACAAGCAACAUCACAAGACUGGAACAGGGUUCAUAAAUGUGGAGAACACAAAUGGGGUUUCCUUCAGCAUAGUACCAGAUUCUGCAACUGAAUCUCAUGCCUCAUCCAGGGGAAAUCCUGCUACUAAUGACUGGAUUCCAGCUUCUGCUGAUAUGAAGAAUUUUGUAUCUGACAAGCCAAACAGGAGUGACAACUGA